CUGCGUACCAUCUCACAGAAACAUGCCAUAGGGGUCUUCUAUGGGCUGGUUCUCAUUCCUAGAAAAGAAAGGAGGAAACUGCUCUGGUCAAUGUGAGAAAAAAUAUUUGACAGUUCCUGACACAUUGUGCCGAGGGGGUUGCUGGUCCUGCCCAUCCAAAAACCAAAGAGACAUGGUUGUGUCUGAUACAGCAGGGUGAGCUCUUGUCUGUCAGCUCUAACUUCCCAUACGGGGACAGGAUGGUAAAACGUCAAACAUUCAGGCAUCCUCUGGGCAACGUCCUUGCAGACGGCCAAUUCUCUCACUCCAGAAGCGACUUGCAGUUUCUUAAGUUGCUCCUGACACGGAAAAAAAAAAUCUGAUACUGGACAAUGGAUCCACUUGGUCAAGGCUAUCCCGUGGCAUGCAUCUAGACUCCGUGGCAUUGGUGAGUGUUGUAUCCUCUUGCCUGGUGUUGCGUCCUCUUGUCUGACAGCAGCAACUCUCAGGCAGAACGGGAUUUCUCACUAGCUCCAGCUCUCCCAAAUAAACAGCGGUUGACUUGCCAUCUGUCAGGGCCGUUUAGGGAGGUCCUUCCAACUCUGAUUCUCUGGGCCCAAGAACCCUUUACCCGGAUGGGAUAGGGGUUGAACCAGGGUGAUUUCCCUAGGCACGCCCCCCACCCCGAGCGUGGCAGUUGCAGAGGAAUUGGGCCCUGUGGGUGUGACACAGUCUCCUCCCUUGUCCUUUGCACAAUGAUCUGCAGAAACACAAUGACUUUUCAGUGGCAGCCAUUCACAUAGUCAGCAGCAUUGAGCCAAACUCUCAUUGACAUAAACUUAACAUAAACUUAAUGAUCCUAAUAUAAUGAAAGUGUAUACUCAAAGCUUUCUGACUAGGGCUUGGAAGAUUUAGCUUUUGGGACUACCAUUUCUAGAAUCCUCUAGCCAACAUUAAGGUUGAAGAUUCUGGGGGUCGUAGUCCAAAAGGUCACAUUCUCAAACUGUUCUUUGUUAUUUGGGAAGUUCGGGGCAGAGUGUUUUAAAUGGUGUUCUCCUUACAAAUUAAAUUAUAGGUGCAAAAGAAGUUCUUUCUGUCUUUCAAAUAUAUCUUUCACUUCUGCAUUUCCCCCCAUUGCUUUACAUUCUGGUGUGAUGUUGCUUUUAUAUUCUAGAUUCCUUGCGCCUCCUCUUUCUGUGUCCUUUGCUUUCAUUUUAUUAUUACUUGCUCUUCUACAGCCUCAAUCCAAGUUUCUUUCAACUUAGUAAAGUGUGGUAAUAACUGAGAAUCUGAGUGUGUGGAGGGAGGGAUUCCUGUGGGUAAAGUCAGAGAGUCAGUUUCAAAAUGAAUGUUAUGUUUAAAGAAAGCAUGAAAGAUUUCCUUAGUGUUGCCAUAAGUUGUAUUUUUCAAGUUCCAGAUUAACUCCCAUCACCUCAGCCUCACCACCUGCAGCCCUGGGUCCUUUGCAUAUGACCAGCUCAGGCCGCUGUCCCUUCCCUACAACCCUGUUGUGUGGGAGGGUGAGAAAGAGUUAGCAGACACAGAAAAAUGUGAGGAAGUCACCUAUUGUUGGCCCCGAUCCUAUCUCUGGCUGGCUUCAGCGCCUCCCAUUGCUGGCACCCCCAACCCCAAGGAUAUAGCUUUGGCAGGCCAAGGCUUGCCCACGUCUGACCUAGAGUCUGACUUACAGAUCACUGGUUAAAUUGGUAGCUAGGAUUAAACAGAGGAUUUUGUGACCUGUGGUCUUCCAGUUGUUGCUGAAUGGCUAUGCCUGCCUCCUGUGGCCAUUGGAUAGGCUGGUUGAGGCUGAUGGGAGUUUGAAUCCAGUUACAUCUGGAAGACCAUAGUUAUCCUGACUCGUGACUAUGGCUGUGACGCCUUAAUAUCACUUACAGAACCCCGUUUCUUACUCCAGGGCCCAAUCCACCACCAGCUCUUUUUCCUGCACAAACCCCAUUGAUUAUGAACUGAGGUGGCUCAAGGACCCAUUGCUCUGUAAAUCACGAAUGGGAGAGAUGCAACCCCUCUUGGACCUCACACAGUGUAGAGAAGCUACACUUUUGGAUGAUAACCCUUAGACUCCCAAAGCCCUUACAACCCUUCUCUGUGCCAGGUUCCUGGGGUUUGUAAUCCAAAAAAGCAACUUUUCCAAAGUCUGCAGGGUCCAAGUAUGGGGCUUGUGGAGGAGACCUUCCUCAACAGAUCAUGCCCCAAUGUUCCAAUUCUUCCACUGGAUUGCCUUGCAAAUAAAGUUACUUUUGCACUUUUUCUUGUUUGGCUUUGCCUCAGAUUAACAAAGGUUUCUAUUGAGAUAUCUAGCAUUUAUCUUGACUUUAGAAUAUUCCAAAUAUCUCAAGAUGAGAAAAUCAUUGUUCCUUUUUGUUGCAAAUGAAAAACUGAGACAGAGGAAGUGAGUGAGAGAGAGAUCUUCUGGCUGGGGAGAAUAAGGGACAGAAGCAACAGGAUUUGGGCUUAAAUUGAAAUCUUUCUCUUCCGCAGCCAUAGUUGCAGACCUUGUGUUGGAAUGCUGAUCCCCCUCCCUCUUGGUGCUUCUUUUUGUGCUGUGUUUUGGAUGUAAGAAUAAUUGCGACAUUUUGGACGCACUUGGAGCGAGAGAGCCAUCUGCCACCCUGGAGAGAUGACUGAAGCAAUUGGAUCAGUCACGCUCCAAAUCUGUUAUGCAGUUCAACAAUACCUGAGAAUAUUUCUUUGUAUAUCUAUACAUAUAUGCUUGCUUCAAGAAGAUCCUUUCACAGCAUUUCUUAGGGAUGCUCAGUUUAUCCCAGUUGGAAAUGUGCUGCUUCUUGUUCACCAUCUUUUUUUGUACAGGAACUCUUUAGGUUCAAUGGAGGAAGGAGGGCAGUUGGGAGUGAGUGCUCAUCAGUUUCCAAAAUGGUUUCUCUGUCUGCUUUGUGCACCAGUCCUUCUUCUUGCUAGCACUAAAUGCCAGUACCCUGGCUCAAGGCCAAGAGAGUCAGACAAAGGAGCCCUGGCAAUUGAAUAUAUCGGAUUCACAGUGAUAGAACUGCAAAUGCUCCCUCCCUCCCCACCUCCCUUUUUCAGAAGCUUGGUUCGGUCAGCCAGGGUUGGAGGCUGCUUUCUCUCAUGCAGUCAAAUUAAAUGCUCUUUACACUCACUCUCUUUCACUCACACACAUCAAAUUCAAAGUGGUCACUCUGGCUUUGAAGUCAGAUUUCCCACCCUUUCAUUUUUUUUUUUUUACUUUGAAAGAAAGAUUCACUAGUAGGAAAGAAAGAAAGAAAUUCUCUGCCUGUCUUCUUCAGCCGAUAAAACCUGCAGAACUGUUGCCUGAAUGCUGUUCUUGCUGAAUUUCUGCCUGUUUUGUAAAUAUUAAAGUUGAAGGAGCUCUGCUAAGGAAAGGAAGGAAAACAAAGCAGAGACGGCAACCCCAUUUCCCAACCUAGUGUCUCCCAGGUUUGUUGGCCUACAACUCAGCCAUCAUUCCUUACUGACCAUGCUUAGCUUGUGGAUGAUGGGAAUUGUGCUCCAGUACAUCUGGAACUGCCUUAUGCAUUCUACUGAGCUACAGAUGACAACAAUAACAACAACAAAGGGUUUUUAAAGGGUUUAUUGUCUUGUUGCAGUUAAUUGCCCACUUAACUUUUAUUGUCCACAGCAAUUGGGGAGGAAAGUGAGAAAGCUUUGCAUGACAAGAAAUCACAAUCAUUACAAUACUGAUGUGCAUGACCUCUCAGAAGAACGCCCCUGAUUUGGUUUAAAUACAUGUUCUGUUUUCACUACCUUAUCCAAUUGUCUACCCUCACUCUUGUAAAAUUCCUCAUUUAUAACCAGGGUUAGGGUUGCCCAACGCAUAAAAAUCAAGCAAAGAUUUUCUAUGUUAGGGAAAUUAAACAGUGGAGAAAUGGGAAUUAUUCUGCAUUGGACUGGUGUUCAAGACACAGGAGUAUGACUAAUUAAAAAUCUUGGUAACUCCAUUGCUAUUUUAUUUCUAUUUGUUUGGCUUAUUCUGCCCUUUGCAGGAUGAGACAAAGUCAUAUUGGGGGAGAUGGCAUAUAGCAUGGUCAUCUAUAGAAAAAUUUGGUUUUUUGUGGCUAGGAUUAGUGGAGGGAGUCUUAAACCUUGUUUUAAGGGAGGGUGGCACCCAGUGUUGGCUUCUGGAGGCACAAUUCCCAGGUUCUUUUGCAAUCAGUCAGUCAAUCUGUCUUUUCAAAUGGGCUGAGUUUGGAGUUUUCAGAGGACCUGGGACUGCCCAUGAGGGUGUUGAGUCGCAUACCUGGUUCACUGGAAUGGCGUGCGCUUUUCAGAGGAUCUCAGGGAGACAUCUCCCCUUUCAUUGGUUUCUUGAUUCUUUCUCCUGAGGAUGAUGGGGAUCUUCUGCAUGCAUAAGCACGUGUCCUAAUCCUGAGCCAGGUCUCAUCUACUGAAGAAAACAACACCAUUGAUGGAAUGGUUUGGCUGCCUUCCACAAAACACCUUCGGCCCCUCUAUUUCCUUUUUGACUCCCUAGCUUGCUCCACAGUUUGGAGCAGGAGAGGUGCCUGGGUGGCUCAGACUUCCUUCUAGCAGCAGGGCUGGACUAGAUGGCCUCUGGGUGAAGGAACUCUUCUUUCACCGUUUGUGCCAUUUUGAAGGGAGAUUGGAUACGUUUUUAAUUUCUUUCCACCCACCCUCACUCUCCAGCUGGGCUUAGCUGGCACAGUUGCGAACGUGGCCAUCUGCAUUGUGCGACGGGGGGUGGGUGAGGGGUAGGCUGGCUGGCUCCGUAGCCAAGUCCAAACCCUUUCUUUUGUUCUCGGGCCCUACUGCAGUGGUGCUGAUAAGGCACUCGGGUGGUUGCGGCAAUGUCUUACUACCUUUUUGAGGCGGACAGCAAAGGAACAGCUGGGAGUGUUCACUCUCCUUCCACAAGCAUGGCAGGUUCUGGGCAAUACAGGCAGCUUAUAAACGACUACGGACCCCCGUCUCUAGGCUACACACAAGGAGUGCAGCAGGGCACUGGUAGCAGUCAAGUACCACAGAGCAAGUAUGCAGAACUUUUGGCUAUCAUAGAAGAAUUAGGAAAAGAAAUUAGGCCUACUUAUGCUGGGAGUAAAAGUGCCAUGGAAAGAUUAAAACGAGGCAUUAUUCAUGCAAGAGGACUAGUCAGAGAGUGUUUGGCAGAAACUGAGCGGAAUGCAAGAUCCUAGCCCUUUCCCAGCUGCAGGAUUUUCCAUCUCUUUUCUCCAAAAAGAGAGAGACACCCAUUCCUUUGGAAAUUAGAGAAACUGUCAAACAAACCCCUUAACUGGAUUGUUCUACUCCACUUACCCAAUUUUCAAAAAUGUGGCCAGGAAUUGCAAUCGUUACAUGGGAUGCAUCCAAUAGCUUUGGGUACCCACUAGAGAAUUGGGGUUCCCCCCUCUCUCUUUGAACAAAUAUACCCCCAUGUCCUGGUAGCUUGUUUCAAAAGCUGUUAACCACCAUAGUGGGCUUCCAUUUGAGACAGUCAAAAAGAGCGAAUGAAAAUCCUCUGACGCCCACUUUUUAUUUUUAGGAGGGUGUGCAACAUUGACGUCCAGACACUCCCUGCGUUCAGUUUGAAGACUGAAAAAGAAAAGCCCCUGCAUGUUGUAUCCACCCUGAAUCCUCCAUUCUUUCUCUUAGACCCUGAGAUUAUUACUUUUUGGAACACAACUCCCAGAAUCCUUGUCAGUGGUCAUGCUUGCUGUGGAAUUCUGGCAGAUGUAGUCCAGAAAAAAAAACAUUUCCAAGCUCUGCUUUCUCAUGUUCUCUUUCUUCAGCUGUUUCCAUAAUCCAGUGUUAUUUCAGGUUGCAUUCCUGGGGAUUGGAGGCCUCAGCAGCUUUCCAGAGCUUCCUUCCUCCCAAGACCAGUGACUCUCUCCUUUGGUCCUACAGGUAUUUUGGACUUCAAUUCUCUGUGCUCAAAGAGCUCAAAAUCUUUGGAAGGCCAAAGGUUUGAACCAUUCUUCAAAGGCACAUUGUCCAUUCACAUGGGACAGUGGUCAGGGCAGUCAAUAGCCCACAGGAUUGGCACAUGUGCCCCCAAAAUAUAUCCCAGAAUCUUCCAAAAUACAAGUUUUCCAUGACAAACACGGGCUUCCCACGACAGGCAACGCAUAAAGGUUUUUUCAAAUUACAAAUAUUUGAAAAUGACUACUUGAAUUUCUGUACCCAUUUUGUUUUCGGCUUUGCCUCACAGCUAAACGAUUCUUAGGAGUUAAACCUGGAAUAUGGUGUACAGGGCAUACAUUCCAUUCAAAAACAAUUCCUCCUCCCAAUUUCCUUUUGCAUGACUAUUAUGUGUUUCAGAGUCCAUGGAUACAGGACAAAAUUCUACAAAAGCAGCCGAUUCAAAACUGGCACAGGGCCCCAAAGAACUGUGUGCCUGAUUCCCAGAUUUCAACAGUAACUUUGCAACUUUGUAUGUAUUUAUUACUUGAUGUAAUAAAGCUUAUUUUCAGUAACAA